AUUUCUUUAGUUUUUACGAAGCGACACCCACAAUUCGCUUAAGGUCAAGCAUGCUCAAUAGGUUGGAUACUUAAUGGAUUGCUACGAAAGAAAUAGAUGCGGAUAGCAGUUAUGGAUAUACUUGAACGUGUAAAGAUAACUUUAAACUGAUUUCUUAACAACAUGGAUACAUGCAAAAGUUUUUCAUCAGCAAUUAAAUUUGAUACAAUUUGUGUUUAAAGCAAGAAGAACAAUAUGGUUUCUACAGCAAAACUAUCGUCAGCAGGGAUACUGUUUGCGAUCGGUAUUAUCAGUGGACUUGCCAUCCCAUUUCUUUCUAUCCAAUGUCUCAUGAAGAGGUACAAGACUGCAGCUUCAGACACUGUCUUCCGCAACAUGUUGGCCAUGCUAAACUGUUUCACCGGUGGAGUAUUUUUAGCUACCUCGCUUUUAGCACUUUUACCGGAAGCGCACACGCAGAUGAACUUGGCUUUGAAUUCACCGAAUACAUCCAUGGAUACCAUGUUGAAACAUGGCAGGGAACAUAUGAAAAUAAUGUCGUACCCGAUGUCUGAGUUGCUAACAGGAUGUGGCUUCUUGCUAAUUCUGUUUAUAGAAAGUAUUGCAGUAAUGUGUCAUCAGAAUCGACAUCGAGGACAUGAUGAACUUUUGUCUACAGCAUCACCCGAAAUAAAACCAAUAGUGGCGACAGACGAUGAUUGUCAUGGGUUUACUUUAUAUCAAGCUGCCAAAGCAGAUAAAAUGCAAAACAAUCAAGGAAUGCCGAAUGUAAGUACAGAAAGAAUAAGUGACGCCCUUACGAUAGAAGAAGCCACUGGCGUUUCCUCUGAAGGAAUGACAAAUCUGCACAACAUAGUUCUGCUAGUGGCUCUCUCCAUCCACAUGGUCUUUGACGGACUCGAGGUGGGACUUCUACAAAGAGAUGAGGACGUUUGGUCCGUUUUGUCUGCUCUUUCUCUUCACAAUAUUCUUAUCUUCUUCAGGAUGGGCAUCACGUUAUGCGAGAGUACAAGCACCCGUAAUUUUAUCACCGCAAUGAUCUACAUGUCUUUAGUUUCACCGAUUGGAGUUGGACUAGGAAUACUUGUCACAUCGGACGGUGAAAAUGUUGUUAUGGAAACGAUAUCCGCGGUGUUGCAAAGCAUCGCAGUUGGUACUUUCUUGUAUGUGGCGAUCUUCGAGAUAAUAAUGAAGGAGUUCCAAACCGUUUCAUAUGACAACAGAGUAGUGAAGGCAGUGGCUGUGAUAAUCGGAUAUUUGACACUGUGUGUUGUAAUGUACGUCAUGGCUUAAUAUGUGAUGGUCGUGUAUCGGACACUGUGUUGUAAUGUAAGCCAUGACAUUAUGUGUCAUAUUCGUGUAUCUGACACUGUGUUGUAAUGUAAGUAAUGACAUUAUGAGUCAUAGUCGUGUUUUGGACGCUAUGUUGUAAUGUACGCCAUGGCAUUAUGUGUCCCAGCCGUGUGUUGGACGCUUGUGUUGUAAUGUAUGCCAUGACAUUAUGUUUCUCAGCCGUAUAUCGGACGCUGUGUUGUAAUGUACGCCAUGGCAAUAUGUGUCCGAGUCGUGUAUUGGACGCUGUGUUGUAAUGUACGCCAUGACAUUUUUGUCCCAGCCGUGUGUCAGACGCUGUGUUGUAAUGUACGCCAUGACAUUAUUUGUCCCAGCCGUGUGUCGGACGCUGUUUUGUAAUGUACGCAAUGCCAUUAUGUUUCCUAGCCGUGUAUCAGACGCUAUUUUGUAAUGUACGCCAUGACAUUAUGUGUCAUAGUCGUAUAUCUGACAAUGUGUUGUAAUGUAUUCAAUGACGAUAUGUGUCAUAGUCGUGUUUUGGACACUCCGGGUUCAUACAUAAUGCAGCCUCGGACGAGGAAGGACCACAUUAAUUUCGGAAAACAUAUACGCAUAUGUGUUGUAAUGUACGCCAUGACAAUAUGUGCCCCAGUCGUGAAUUGUGCUGUAAUGUGCAUUUAUUAUGCGAUUAGCUGUGAUAGUCGGAUAUCGGACACUUACGUAAAAUUUAUAUUCUGUAUAGAUGAAAACACGUGUAUUGUUAAAUUCAACAACAUGUAAAUGGUCACGUUUUUCUGUAUUGUGACGUUUUAAGCUCGACUAUUAUAUAUGAAAUAUAUAUAGUGGAGCUAUCCUACUCACCCCGGCGUCGGCGUGAGCGUCUGCGUUAGCGUCUGCGUUAGCGUUCAAAUGUUAAAGUUUUCGUACUACCCCAAAUAUUUUCUUUGUCCCUUGACAUAUUGCUUUCAUAUUUUGCAUACUUGUUUACCAACAUGACCCCAACCUAUAAACAAGAGCAGACAACUCUAUCAAGCAUUUUGUCAUAAUUAAUGCCCCUUUUCCACUUAGAAUAUGCAGCAAAUGUUAACGUUUGCGUACUACCCCAACUAUUUUCAAUGUCCCUUGACAAAUUGCUUUCAUAUUUUGCACACUUGUUAACCAUCAUGACCCCAACAUAUAAACAAGAGCAGACAACUGUAUAAAGCAUUUUGACAGAAGUAUUGCCCCUUUUAUACUUAGACUAUGCAUAUUAUUGAUAAUUCUAUGUUAAAGUUUGCGUACUACCCUAAAUAAUAUUUCCUAUAUCCUUUGACAUAUUGCUUUUACAUUUUUCAUACUUGUUUUUAAACAUCAUCUAAUA